UUCGUCUGAUAUACUGUAAUUUACUCAAAACGACGGGGAGACAGAGAGAGCAAGUUGUUGCCCUAGAAAAUUUCCUCGAAGCUUCCUCUGUUAAUCUCUCACAAGAACAACAUGCAAGCGAAGAAAAAGUCUCUACCUUUUCUCUUCUAUCAACCACUGGGAUUUUAAUCGGGUUGACAUUUGAUUACUUAGUGGUGCAUGAGAAGUUUCUUGGGUUUAUUUACUAUUCCAAGGGCCAAUUUUCAGUACAGAUACAGUUAUGAAAUAUCCGCAGGAGAAGUUUGUGAGGUUUCAAGAUUGGAAAUCAAAGAAAAGUAAUGAAGAGCAAUAUUCUGCAAGUAAUGCACAUUCAGGAAAACAUAGGAUCACUAUAAGCUCAGUUUCUGAAAAGUUUCAAAGUGGAUUAGAAUCUGGCUUUGAAAACAUCAGAAGGAUAAGAAAAUCAUUAAAAUCAUAUUCAUUUGGUAGUUCUAUGGCUAAAGGCUUCAGUUCUAGAAAGAGGAUCCUUGACCCUCAGGGACCUUUCCUUCAAAGGUGGAAUAAGAUAUUUGUAUUAUCAUGUGCAGUUGCUGUUUCGCUGGAUCCUUUGUUCUUUUAUGUACCGGUUAUUGAUGAUAAUAAGAAGUGUCUGGGUUUGGACAAUAAGAUGGAGAUUACAGCUAGUGUUUUGAGGUGGUUCACAGAUAUUUUCUAUAUGAUUCAUAUUAUUUUUCAGUUUCGCACUGGUUUUAUCGCUCCAUCUUCUCGAGUGUUUGGAAGGGGUGUUUUAGUUGAAGACAGUUGGGCAAUAGCUAAGAGGUAUUUGUCAUCAUAUUUCUUAGUCGACAUCCUUGCAGUCCUUCCACUACCACAGGUGGUAAUUUUAAUUAUCAUUCCAAGAAUGAGAGGCUCAAAAUCUUUGAAUACAAAGGACUUGUUGAAAUUUGUUGUUUUAUUCCAGUAUUUGCCGAGGGUUAUACGAGUUUAUCCAUUAUACAAGGAAGUAACAAGAACUUCUGGCAUACUUACAGAAACUGCAUGGGCAGGAGCUGCAUUUAAUCUGUUUCUUUACAUGCUUGCCAGUCAUAUACUUGGAGCCUUUUGGUAUUUGUUCUCCAUAGAAAGAGAAACAACAUGCUGGAAAAAAGCGUGCGACAGAACUGGUUGCAAACGUGAUUCUUUAUAUUGCAGUCCUUCUGUGACAAAUAACUCAUUUCUGGAUCCCUUUUGUCCCAUACAAACACCAAAUGAAACAGUUUUCAACUUUGGCAUAUUCCUUGAUGCCCUUCAGUCAGGUGUUGUGGCAUCUAAUGAUUUUCCAAAGAAGUUCUUUUACUGUUUUUGGUGGGGCUUGCGAAAUCUUAGUUCUCUAGGCCAAAACCUCGCAACAAGCACUUUUGUAUGGGAAAUCCUCUUUGCAGUUUUCAUUUCUAUCGCGGGCUUGGUAUUGUUUUCAUUUCUUAUUGGAAACAUGCAGACAUAUCUGCAAUCCACAACCACGAGAUUGGAGGAAAUGAGAGUUAAGAGGCGAGAUGCAGAGCAGUGGAUGUCUCACCGCUUGCUUCCAGAGAAUCUAAGGGAGCGGAUCAGGCGACAUGAACAAUACAAAUGGCAAGAAACCAGAGGUGUUGAUGAAGAGAACCUGGUCCAUAAUCUUCCCAAGGACCUUAGAAGGGACAUAAAGCGUCAUCUCUGCCUGGCCUUGCUUAUGAGGGUACCAAUGUUUGAAAAGAUGGAUGAACAACUAUUAGAUGCUAUGUGUGACCGGCUCAAGCCAACACUCUAUACCAAAGAAAGUUACAUUGUUCGGGAAGGCGAUCCAGUUGACGAGAUGCUCUUCAUUAUGCGAGGCAAGCUUUUAACCAUGACCACCAAUGGCGGAAGAACUGGCUUCUUCAACUCUGAAUACCUGAAGGCUGGUGACUUUUGUGGAGAGGAAUUGCUUACAUGGGCCCUAGAUCCCCAUUCCUCAUCCAACCUUCCUAUCUCAACCAGAACCGUUCGAACCAUUACUGAAGUUGAAGCAUUUGCUCUAAUGGCUGAUGACUUGAAAUUUGUUGCUUCUCAAUUCCGGCGGCUUCACAGUAAGCAACUCCGCCACACUUUCAGGUUUUACUCGCAACAAUGGAGGACAUGGGCAGCCUGCUUUAUACAAGCUGCAUGGCGUCGAUAUAAUAAAAAGAAGCUGGAAGAAUCUCUGCAACAAGAGGAGGAUAGGUUGCAAGAUGCAUUGGCCAAGACAACUGGGAACUCACCGAGUUUAGGUGCCACCAUAUAUGCCUCACGAUUUGCUGCUAAUGCACUUCGUGCUCUACGGCGUACUGGUACUCGCAAGACAAGGUUGUUGGAGAGGGUUCCGCCCAUUUUGCUUCAGAAGCCUGCAGAACCUGAUUUUACAACUGGAGAAAGAUAGAUGUAGAAGACUAUUUGCUAUGAUAUUUUUUAUGUUUUAUUGUAAAUGUACAAAAAUGAAAUUAGAACUACUGUGGCCAAUGAAGAAAUGAAAAUAGGGGGGAGUUAGAGUUGCUUUGUUCAUAGUCGCAUUUUGUUGACCUUAUUGGUUGUUGUUUUGAGUGUUGUUGUGAAUUGUAAUGCAAAUUCAAUUACAGAAAUGCAAUUCAGUUUCCGUUUCUUUAA